UAUUGUGGCUUAUAUUACCCUGUCGUCAGACCUGUAUUAGUGACCUAAAUUUCAUUAGCGAUGCGUUUAAAUGCUACUGGUAGAUGUUCAGAAAUCUGCGCUUUCUUUGUGUUAAAAAUAGGCUGCUCGUGGCGCUAACUCGCGCGUUACAGGGACGUUAAACCUACUGAGCGAAACUUUUACAGAGUUGCAGUCCACGCUAAAAAUCGCCAAAAUGGAGAGUCACGAAGGGGCAGCGGCAGUGGGCGACGGUGUGCUCGACUUCUCACGCUUGAGUUUAAACACUUUAAGCGUCGACAGUAUCAGCGACAGGAGGAAAAGGGACACCAAACAGCUCUACCUGAACUACAACCGACUGGCCUCUCUCCCGUCGUCGGUCACUUUCUUCUGCAACCUCGAGUUUCUGGACAUCAGCAACAACGGGCUUUCGUUCAUGUGUGAGGACAUUACGCGUCUGACCAAGCUCAAAACUCUUGUAGCCAAGAACAACCGCCUGGACGAGUUCUCGCUGCCCAAGGAGUUCGGCUCUCUGCCGCUGGAGGUGCUGAACUUUAGUGGGAACCGAUUCGAGGAGAUCCCGCUUCAGUGUACCAAACUGCUGCGCCUACAGUCGCUUUCACUGGGUGGAAACAGACUAAAAAGUAUACCUGCGGAAAUAGAAAACCUAACCAGUUUGGAGAUGUUGUACCUGGGUGGAAACCUUAUUUCAGCCAUUCCUCCUGAAAUAGCCAGCCUGCCCUACCUCAGCUACUUGGUACUAUGUGACAACCGCAUCCAAAGUGUCCCACCACAGUUCACCAGGCUGAACUCACUGCGAUCUUUAAGCCUCCACAACAACCUGCUCACUUACCUGCCGAGAGAGAUCCUGAGCCUGGUGCACCUGCAGGAGCUCAGUCUUAGAGGCAACCCGCUGGUUGUGCGCUUUGUCAAGGAGAUGACCUACGACCCCCCCUCGCUGCUAGAGCUGGCAGGGCGUACCAUUAAGAGCCGAAAUCUUCUAUACUCCCCUCUCGACCUGCCCGCAAACCUGGUGCGCUAUCUGGACCUGGCGAGCAAGUGUCCCAACCCCAAGUGUGGUGGUGUGUACUUUGACUCAUGUGUGCGCCAGAUCAAAUUUGUGGACUUCUGUGGAAAGUACCGGCUACCCCUCAUGCACUACCUGUGCUCCCCCGAGUGCACCUCCCCCUGCAGCUCCAACCCACAGAGCGACGCCGAGUCCGAGGAAGAGAACAGCGUGCCUGCUGACCGCCUUCAGAGGGUGCUUCUGGGAUAGUACGACCGAGAGGAGCCUCUGAUCCUCUGGCCAAAAGAAUCCUUGCCAGUUUGUUUGUUUUUUUUUCUAGAACGCUAACGAGGACCCUGAUUGAGACUUUAUCAGACAUAUGAGUACUCAUACACACAUAUACUUUUUGUUUUUCUUGCAGCCACUGAAACGCACAAGUGAGACAGCUUGCCUUUGCUUUGAACUUAUGUGAAAUCCAUUUUAUGGAUUUUUUUGGUUUGUUGUUUGUGAAGUUUUGUCCGUUCAGUCUCACCACCAUAUCGGUCUACCUAAGAGAAAUGGAGGAAGGCUCAUCUACGCCUGCUCGCCUCACAGUUGAGCACUGGGGGGCAGUAAAAGGCUUGUUUGACUGAAGGAGCCAAAGGAUUGUUUUUGUUUUCAGGGCAGCAUUUUUUACUUUUAUUACAACACUUCAUUCAUUCUUUGUAGAUGCUGCAGUAUAUCAGUCUGCAUUGUCGUUCAUGAGCUCUUUGCCAGCAUUCAUUGAGGUUGAUAUGCCAACAAAUUUAAAAAAAAAAAAAAUCAGUGGAUUUUUUUAUUUCAUUCAUACAGUGCUAUUCUCUCUAUGCUCUGCGUUUGCUAGCGGCUGUGAAACAAUUGAGUGGCUAGUUAGUGCAUGUGAUUUAAUGGCUGUGCAACAUUUUUGGUAAAAAGUUCUUCAGAGGGGUCUGCUUGUUUGUAAUAUGUCGCUAGAUCCCACUAAAUCCUGCACACUGCCUUCAGAAAGUGAGGUGGCAAUUUUUUUUUUUUUUUUUUUUUUUAUCAGUGUUUUUGGCUCAGCAUUGUAAUCGCUGCACGCCACACUUGAAAAAAACAUUGCCAUGACGGCUCGGUUGUUUUAAAUUAACUCAAAGUAAGGGUUAUGUGGAAGAAUGCUUAUCCAGGCUGACUCACAGGAAGUGGAUGUGGGUUGGGCCAGGGAAAAACCGUUCCCUGCGUUCGCACAAAAACAAUAGCUAUUGAGCACAACUCAGUGGCAGCCUUCAUGUUUAUGUUCAGGGCUGUUAGUUUUCUGUGGGCAUAAACACAUGUAGAUGUAUCUGAAUAAAGUUGAUUCUUUAUUAGAGAGGUGCCCCCUCGUUUUGUGUUCCUGGUUACAUAUCUGCUGCAACUUUCUGCUUGUGUGGAAAGCUGGGACAUUUUAUAGCAUCCCAGAAAAUCUGCAUCCAUUAGUGAGGAGAAGAAAUCCCCCCGGCUUCACAUUAGACCUUAAUGUUAAGAAAACAGAAGAACGUUCCUGUAUGUUACAGAAGCCACGGUAGUUACAAUUCCUAAGUGCCUUACUAAUGGAGACUUCUAACAGCAAAGCAAGUAUGUAGGAAGGUAUGAAAAAACUGAUAUAUGCACCCUGAAAUGUGACCAAUUUCAUUAUGAAAGUCAUUUUUAUCUGAUUUUUGUACUCAUCUGUUUAACAGCAAAUAUGCAAAAUAGUGCUUUAGAAAAAAAUGGUUUUAUAUAAAUCCCUUUAAAAAAUAUUAAAAUGACUAUAUUUUUAACGAGCUUUGGAACAGAUGAUGCUUAGAAAUAUAUAAAGACAUAUUAAUGGUAUGUGCUUUAACCCGGUUCAGAUAUUGUAAGUAGAUGUACAGUAUAUAAUGACAAUAAUAAAGACUGAUUGUUAUUUCUUCAAAAUGUGUUUGUAUUGUGAUGUUUUCUAAUCCAAUUAAAGCAAAUGUGAGCAACAA